CUGUCAAUGCCUUGCACCCCGGCGUGGCCAGGACAGAGCUAGGCAGACACACGGGCAUGCACAGCUCUGCCUUCUCCAGCUUCACGCUCGCAGGGGAUGUUGUCCCUCUUCGGCAAGGGGUUUAAAGCCCCAGGCUGUUCCAUCCACGGGUGUGUCCUGCUGCGAAGAUUUGCUGCCCAGUUGGCUGUGCUGCACGGUGUGGAGCUGUGGGCUUAGGCACUGCCAUGUCCCUGGGGGUCAUUUUUCUGCUUGCACUUGUGUUUUGCUGGGAUCAGAGGAUUCGGGCACAAACGGAUCUACCUGAAGUCUACCUAAAUCCUCCUGGAGAGGAAUACCUUGCCAUUGUGACUGUGUCUUCAGUCAUCAGCAUUCUGCCUUUCCUCUUCCUCCUUAUCUUUCUCCUCUGCCGGUGCUGGUGUCGAGCCAAAAACAGAGCCACUGAGGGUGACACCAAGAGCCAAGCGAAUGGUAACAGCUCCAGCCCAGACAUGGACUUCCAGGAAGAAAAUCAACAUGAUGUCUCAGUGGCUCUCCCGCCUGAGGAGGAUGGACCAAUGGACAUGCAUCCCGCACCCAGGGCUUCCCUCCUGGCUGCACAGCUCAGGACAGGCCGAGGAACCAUGUCCCCAUCCAUGGCUGCCUUCUUCUGGCUUGGGCUGUGUCUGGGGCAGCUGAUACAGGCUCAGAAAGGCCCACUGCCCAAGCCCUCCCUCGAGGCCCGGCCCAGCUCCCUUGUGCCCCUGGGGAAGCCGGUGACCAUCAGCUGCCAGGGCCCUCCAGGCGCGGACUUGUACCGCCUGGAGGAACUGAAGUCCCGCAAGUAUUUGGACCAGGCGGAGCUCUCCAUCUCGGCCAUGGAACAACGCUUCGUCGGACGCUACCGCUGCUCCUAUCAGAGCGGGACCACCUGGUCUCCCCCCAGCAACCAGCUGGACCUGGUUGCUACUGGAGUUUUCACCAAGCCCUCGCUCUCAGCCCAGCCCAGCACGGCAGUGGCCCCAGGAGUGGACGUAACUCUGCGGUGUCAGAGCCAGUAUAGUUUUGACCAAUUUGCUCUGUACAAGGAGGGGGACCCUGGGCCCUUCAAGACACCUGAAAGGUGGUACCAGGCUGAUUUUCCCAUCACCAUGGUGACUGCUGCCCACAGCGGGACCUACCGAUGCUACAGCUUUUCCAGCAGAUCUCCAUACCUGUGGUCGGCCCCCAGCGACCCCCUGGAGCUCGUGGUCACAGGGACCUCUUUUACCCCCAGCUGGUUGCCCACAGAACCACCUUCCUCUGUAACAGAAGCCUCCAAGAAGCUGAACCACUCACUCGUGAACGAAGUUUCCACCACUGAAACUUCUAGGAAUAUCACCGUCCUUCCAAAGGAGUCAGACCCUCCAACUGGUCUUGCCUUCCAGUAUUACACUAAGAGCAAUCUGGUCCGGAUAUGCCUUGGGGCUUUGCUUCUAAUACUCCUGGUGGGGCUUCUGGCCGAAGAUUGGCACAGCCGAAAGAAACCCCUGAUGCACCGGGUCAGAGCUGUCCACAGGCCACUCCCACCCCUCCCUCAGACCCAGAAGUCACACAGUUGUCAGGAUGGGGGUCGACCAGAUGAUCGUAACUGAGGAUACCAUCAUUAGAAUCCCAAGGUUUGGUUGUAUCUAAGAGAUAGGUCAUGGGAGUGGGGAGGGGACUUGGUGUGGAGUGUGAGAGUAAAAGGAUCGAGCCUACAGCUGUGGGAAAGGAGGGCGGGGGCUGUUCUUCUUGGUGCCCCCGUCAAGGAGUUGGUGAGUCAGUGUCUAUUUGGCUCUGUGUCCUAGCACUCUCUUUGUUCGGGAUAGAAGGAACCUAGUGGAUGCCAUAGCCUCCUCACUGAUAUCUUGCUCAUUGUGGACCUUAAUUGGGCCAUCACACUUAUCUCUUUCUUCAGCCUUCCCUAAUAUGAGUUCCAGACUGACUUCUAAUAUUCCCACCUCUCACAGCUGACCUGUUCUAUCCUUUGCACAAAACUCUCCCACGUUUCCCCCGUGCCCACCCCGUGCUUUUUUUUUUUUUUUUUUUUUUUUUUGCUUUUUUUUUGAACUGGAGUAUAGCUGAGGUACAAUGUUGUGUUAGUUUCUGGUGUACAGCAAAGUGAAUCAGUUCUGUGCUUUUUUUUUCUGAUUAUCCCCAAACCUAACCCUUGCUCUAGCCCUGUCUUAAGCUGUAGUCUGAAAAAUCUCCUUCUGUUUCUCGAGAUGUGCCUGGUUCUUUCAGGCUUUGGGGCAUUCUGUUCUUUCCCCUUAGAAUAUAAUAAUAAUUAUAACCAACAUGCCAGUGGCUCGCCUUUAUAUUAGAAAAAAAGUCCAAAGUCCUAACUAAGUUUGUGCCAAAGGCUAGACUAUGUAAAUCCAUAGGGAUAGAAAACAAGAGUGGUGGUUGACAGGGGUUGAGGCGAGAAAGGAAUGGGAGUAAUUACAUAAUCAGUAUGUUUUUAAGAAACUUUCGCAGUGAUGAAAAUGUUUUGGAAUUAGAUAGAUAGAGGUGGUGGCUUCACAACAAGGUGACUGUACUAAAUGCACUGAAUUGUUCUCUUUAAAAUGGUAAAUUUUAUGUUACAUGAAUUUCACCUCAAUAAAAAGAAACAAAAACCAAACCCUGCUCUUUAACACCCAUCCAUCUCUGUAUGGGGUCACUUGUCCUAGGGAAUUAGGUGAGGUACCCCAGGAAUUCUUUCCCUUCCCUGUUGCCAGACUCCAGCACCCUGUCGGGGGCUGCCUCCUCCUGCUCAAUUGAAGCCUCUCAGCUGCUGACACCGCUGAAAUCCAAAGUCUGGCUCUUCCAUGACUAUGACUCUUGUACACAUUUGGGGUUCCAGCUCCUAUCAGAGAGAACCUCGGACCCUGACUUUGGUAGGUAACUUUUCCCAGGGGCCAUGAUGAAGAUUGGCAGGAACUGGGCAGCAAGGCAAGGCAGGCAAAUCAGUGUGAUCACGAACAUUUCUUCCCCAUUCCCCCUGCUAGGCUAAAUUCUCCCCAAACAAAGUAUCUUUUCUCUAAGGUUGGUCAGAAUCCAUUAAUAAAUACGACUUUAUCCAUGAAUGCUUUCACCUUUAUUUCUCUUGACAUACUUGAGAUAUAGACAGUUCAUCCACGGCAGGGUUAAGUGAUGUGUGUAUGUUUUAUGUAAACUGGAGGUACAACCACGGCUAAAAUGACAUCUGGCUCCGCAACUGACAUCACUGAGAAGGAUCCUAGGAAGUUCACCAUCACCUUGACGAUUGAUCCAGGACUUUAUUGGAGAAUGAGUGACUCCAGGGGGAUUCAGAAACUGAAAGCAUGAGUAGAAGAAAGUUGAGAAUAACAGACAACAGCAAGGACCAGCAACCUGUGGCCAAUGGCUGAAUCUGGCCCACCACUUGUUUUUGUCAAUAAAGUUUUCUUGGAACACAGUCAGCCCAUUCGCUAUAUAUUGUCUGUGGCUGCUUUCUUUCUGCAAUGGCAGAAUUGCGUAGUUGCUACGGAUAAUAUAUUUCCUGCAAAAUUGAAAGUAGUUACUAUCUGGCUCUGCAGAAAAAGUUUGCUGACCCCUGGUUAAGAGUAUGUGCUCUAGGGCUUACCCUGGUGGCGCAGUGGUUGAGAAUCUGCCUGCCAAUACAGGGGACACAGAUUCGAUCCCUGGUCCGGGAGGAUCCCACGUGCUGCAGAGCAACUAAGCCCCGUGCACUACAACUACUGAGCCUGUGCUCUAGAGCCCGUGAGCCACAACUACUGAGCUCGUGUGUCACAACUGCUGAGCCCACGUGCUGCAACAACUGAAGCCCGCGUGCCUAGAGCCCGUGCUCUGCAACAAGAGAAGUCACCGCAGUAAGAAGCCCGUGCACCUCAACAAAGAGCAGCCCCCGCUCGCGGCAAGCAGAGAAAAUCCGUGCGCAGCAACGAAGACCCAACAC